AUGACCCAGAGCUCGUCGUGUGACGUCUCGUUUGUCGAUUGGAGUGUCGGGGAUUUGGUGGCUGAACAGUGUGGCUUCGAUCGGGAUCAAGCCAGACGCGUCUGCAAGCUUUUCGAUGAGGGUUGUGAGGUUCCAUUCGUCGCUCGUUAUCGUGUCACUCAAACUGGUCAUAUGACGUGUGAAGAGGUGCGCAAAUCGUUUGAAGCUUAUAAAAAUGCCAAAGAACUCGAGAAGAAAGUCACCAAGGCGAUCACGCAAAUUCGCUCGAAAACUGAAGGCGAUGAGCUGAGAAAGGCGAUCGAGGCGCUGAAUCAGGCUCGUGACUCAUCGGAAAUCCUCUCGGUCACCAAGCAAUUCGCUGAAAAGAAAACGACGAAAGCUGGAGUGGCUAAAGAACUCGGUCUUGAACCUGCAGCAAUCGAAAUUUUUAAUGGAAAAUCGUUGAAUUUGAUGAGAUUCGUUGACAAGAAAGAUUUGAAAGAUUUGAAGACGAUUGAGGGACAUUUAUCGAAUCUUUUGGCUCAUAUCAUCAAUAAACAAACGAAAACGACCGAAGUCGUACAGAAAAUUAGUCACUUGGAGACGAAAGCACGCAUCUUUGUGCAAGGACAACUCUCGGCGAAAGCGAAAAAAGCUGUCAAUGGUGAUGGAUUAUAUGAGCAAAUCGCCAACUUUCAAAGCUACAUAAAUUUCAGCGCUGGUGUACUACAAAUUCACAAUCAUCAGAUCUUGGCACUUGAACGGGGAGAAGAGCGUGGUGUACUCACGUGGAGUCUCAAAAUCGACAAUCCUCUGCAAGAGCACCCAUUGCGUUUCUGGAAAGUUCAUCAAAAUCAUGUGCAAUUGUUUCAAAAUGCCCUGAACGACUCGGUGACACGGUUGUUCGAGCCACGCCUGCAGCGUGCCGUCAGGAGAUUCCUUGUGCAACGCGCCGAGCGGGCUGCCAUCGAGUGUUUUGCGCGAAAUCUCCGUCAGCUUUUCGCCCAAUCACCGCUCAUCGGAUAUCACAUUAUUGCCCUCGAUCCCGGCUACAAGAUGUGCAAGUUGGCCUUUUUAAGUCCACUGGGAGAGGUGAUCGACACUUUCGAGACGCCCUUUCGGGGCGGGGAAUUCACGAAGGAGUGUCUGCAACGGAUCGGGGAAUGGUGCCACCGAGUGCACGGAAAACAAACGGCGAUCGCGAUCGGCAACGGCGCUGCCUCGAAAGAAACCCAGCAAGCAGUGGCGAGGUUUAUCAAGGAAAAACGGGGAAGUGGAUUGCGAUUCUGUGUCGUUCCCGAGAAUGGUGCCUCAAAGUAUAGUGUGACUCCUCUGGCUGAAGAGGAGCUACCAAAACUGCCGCCAACUCUUCGAAGUGCCGUAUCGAUUGGCCGCCGCCUACUCGAUCCAAUGGGGGAAUAUGUGAAAAUCGAGCCGCAACACUUGGGAUUGGGCAUGUAUCAACACUCUGUCUCCGAGAAGCGUUUAGCUGAGGCGUUACGCGAAUCGGUGCGUGAAGCCGUCUCUUUACGGGGUGUUAAUGUGAAUAAAGCGUCAGUGCAAUUGCUACAACAAGUUUGUGGCUUGAACAAGACGACAGCUGCUGGCAUUGUGAGCCUUCGCAAAAAGGAGCCGAUCGGCAGCCGGGAAGCGCUUCGAAAAGUGAAAGGAUUGGGAGAGAAAGCUUUUGAACAGUGCGCUGGCUUCUUGAUAAUCGAUCAAAAAGAUUUGUCUGAUGGAAAUCGUGGAGAAGACGAAGGAAAUGGAGAAGAACCGGUGAAAAAGCGAAAGAAAAUCGAGAAAUCGAUGAAAAGUGGAGAAACGGAUCCACUUGACGCCACAAUGGUGCAUCCAAGUCAAUACGAGAUGGCAAAAAGACUCCUCAACUUGGCCAACGUUGAAGCGAGCGAGAUUUUGAUGAAAGACGCAAAGGAUACACUGAAAAGGUUGACGAAUCUGAGCGAAGACGAGCAAGUGGUCCGAGAUUUGAUGCUUGCCGAACAGGAAUUGACCCCACCACCCCCCAUUACAGCUCUAAUUUGCUAUUUUCAGAAAGAAAUUCGCAGUAUCGGCUCGUUGCAAGUGGGGGAAACGUUUUGGGGACGAGUGCAGAACAACACUGAUUUUGGUACGUUUGUUGACGUGGGCGCCGAGCGAGAUGGGCUCAUUUUUGGGACAAAAGACUCGCCGCCACCGAUCGGUUCAAUGCUCCGUGUCACCAUUUCCGGCGUUGAUCUGCAACGGGGACGCGUGCAGCUGAGAAUCCCCAAGAAU